AUGAGCAGCUUUGGCAGAGCGUUUCGAGUGACCACCUUCGGUGAAUCGCACGGCGGCGGAGUGGGAUGCAUUAUCGAUGGAGUGCCGCCCUGCCUGCCCCUCACCGAAGCCGACAUCCAGCCGCAGCUCAGCCGUCGCCGCCCCGGCCAGAGCUCCCUCACCACCCCCAGGAAUGAGGCGGACCAGGUGAAGAUCCAGGCUGGCACGGAGAACGGGUACACGCUGGGCUCGCCGAUCAGCCUCUUCGUGGCCAACCAGGACCAGCGGCCCGUCGACUACUCGGACAUGUCCAAGAUCCCGCGGCCCUCGCACGCCGACUACACCUACGCGGCCAAGUACAACAUCAAGUCCUCCUCGGGCGGCGGCCGCUCCUCCGCGCGAGAGACCAUCGGCCGAGUCGGCGCCGGCGCCGUCGCUGAGAAGUGGCUCAAGCUCAAGUACGGUGUUGAGAUCGUGGCGUGGGUGAGCUCGAUCGGCGACCAGGAGAUCGAGAGGGAGCUCGACCUGGACACCAUUUCGCGCGAGGACGUCGACAAGUCGCUCGUUCGCUGCCCCGACGAGGCCGCCACGGCCAAGAUGAUUGAGAUCAUUGAGGCGGCAAAGGCUGACAAGGACAGCAUCGGCGGCGUGGUGACGUGCGUGUGCCGUAACGUACCGACGGGCCUGGGCGAGCCCUGCUUCGACAAGCUCGAGGCCAUGCUCGCCCACGCCAUGCUCUCCAUCCCGGCCACGAAGGGGUUCGAGAUCGGCAGCGGCUUCGCGGGCACGCGGAUGCGGGGCAGCAAGCACAACGACCCCUUCGUGGUCAAGACCGGGGCCGACGGCAAGAAGCGGCUCGGUACCACUACCAACCACAGCGGCGGCAUCCAGGGCGGAAUCACCAACGGCGAACACGUCGUCUUCAAGGUGGCGUUCAAGCCGCCGGCCACGAUUAGCCAGGCGCAGAAGACGAGCGAGUACGGCGGCGGCGAGGCGGUGCUGGAGGCCCAGGGGAGACACGACCCGUGCGUGGUGCCGCGGGCCAUCGCUAUCGUCGAGGCCAUGGCAGCCCUGGUCAUCGCCGACGCGGCCCUGCUCCAGCUCGCACGCCAAGGCUCCCUCGUCUCCGAGCCCAUCGUCGCCUGGCAGAUUUGA